GAGCUGUGGCUGUGCCGGGGCCGGAAGCGGAAAUAUUGGCGCCGUGUGGUCAAUGUAUCUACUUGACAAUCAUGGCACAACGACGGGUACCAACUAUCGAUGACCUCAGGGUUAAGCUUUGUUAUAUCUGCAGGGAAGAAGAACGGUACGAUGCACCUGAGAACCCGCCGCGAGCAUGGACACACCCGUGCAGAUGUACACUGGUCGCACACGAAUCGUGUCUCCUUCAAUGGAUCCAGUCCUCCCAGCAGACUCGGUCCCGUGCGCCAAAUGCUCUCAAGUGUCCUCAAUGUAGCUCGCCUUAUGUGCUAGAGAGCAACAAUCCCAUCAUUUUACGUCUUCUGGAUGCAGCCAACAAGGGUCUCUCUGCGAUAGGAAAGAUUGUCACUGUCGCAAGUUUCACCGUAGUCGUGGUCUCUAUUGGCACGGGCAUGUAUAUUCUCUGUACCACGUAUGGCGCCUACGCUCUUCGGGAGUUUCUGGGACCCGAGAUGUUCGACAUACUACUGUCAGAUGAUCCCGCUAGAUGGCCCUGGCACAGUUUUAUCAAUCUCCCGCUCAUUCCACUCUCUCUUAUCAUGUCUAGACUUCCAACCAAGUCCUCAAUUACACCACUCGUUCCAGUUCUGCUCGCAUGGCCAACGUCUGCUCCUAUUCGCGCGAAUAACAGCAUCAUCCUUGACGGCUGGCGAAAUCCAUUCCUUCGCACUGACCCACGAGAAUUCUUGCAUCCCCUCCCGCGCUGGCCACCACCGCCGAUGAUCCUUGGUCUUUUUGUAUUCCCAGCAGUUCGGCAGGCCUACAAGCGCAUGCUUGGCAACUUCACUCGGUGGCUGCUCAACUCGAACACCCCUCACGGCCAGGACAUGCAGCGUGUCCUCAACGGCAACGACGACGAACCGUUUCUCCGGAUUAGAGUGAAUGCUAAUGUGGAGGAAGAUGUGCCAAUUGGACAGGCCAAUGUGAAUGGACAGCCGCCGGGCCAACAAGGGCUUGAUGCAAACAACGAUAACGAAGCAAACGCACCCGCCGGAGACGCUGUUGCAGCAGCAGAGAAUACCAUCCGCGUUUCUGGGACUUCAUUGGGUCGACUAAUCGGCGGUGCACUUAUCAUUCCCCGUAUAUCCAGCUUCAUGGGGUCGCUGUUGCUUCGCCUAUCGAUGCACUCGAGAAUAUUACGGAAGAUACUCGCGGUACGACCACCGCUUCCCACUGGAGUGGUACCCCCCGCGAUACCGCGAUCUCUAUUUAAUGGUAAGGCGUGGUCCGAAAUGAGCUUGCUGAAGCGAAUCAGCUAUGUGGGGUACCUAGGUUUGACCGUUGCAUGGAGGGGAACCAUGACAUGGGCUGAAUGUGACCCGGUUUGGUGGAGGAAUUCAUUGGGUUUGGGAGUUUUCGUGAUGGCAAAGGACUGUGUUCAUCUGCUACACCUUUGGCUCACCAAGCGCGAACUUGAGAGUCGUCGAGUGAAAAAUAGGUCUUUUGAGGACGUUGACGUUCAGGAGUUGGACCUCAUUAACCCAUCUGUUUAUUCGUGAUUUUGUUGCAUUCUCGAUUGGCCUACUCUCCUUCAAGUCGUGAUUGUCUGUUCGCGGUCCAUACACACACUCCGUAGUUUGAUAUAACCCAUCACAUACCGCAAGUGCUGUCCCGUGGU